AUGGCGUCCCGGGCGAACGCCAGGCAGUCGGAGGAGUUAAGGAGUGAAACAAUAGAAACAUUGUCGCGCCGUGAUACCCAGGCUACAAAGAAGGAGAAACUCAGCCUGAGGGGCUGGGUGGCGAAAGCAUGGAGGAAGACAGGGUUGGACAAGCAGACUAUCUUGUUGAUGAUUAAAUAUCAAGCUACCUCGGUGGCAGAUGAGUAUAGUACCCUCGGCUACCUGAUUGCCAUUGUAUCAAUCAUGGGCUUUGCGAUCAUGCCCCGCGCCAAGUUCAUUCAGAUGAUGAUCUUUGACGUCCUGGCUGUUUGUCUCGCGGCAUGCUUUGCCUUGUUAACAAUGUACUCCAGUGUGAAAGCACGUCAACACACCCAAUCAGGAUCAGGAUCAACGUAUAAUCCAUCAGCAUCAGCAGUUACUGGGGUGUGGCUAUUCUUCCAGAUCUGGAUCGCUCAUACCUUCCGAGCCAAAUAUCAGCAAUUUCAAUUCCCUGUCGUUCUGUUCUCAAUCUUCGCCAAUGUCUCUUCCGUUUACGCUGCACAAGAAGUCACCAUGUCAUCGGCGAUACAGCUUGUUCUGAGAAUGCUGAAAACCUUUCUCACGGGUUUGGGAUUAUCCACUGGCGUAUCACUCUUCAUUUUCCCGAUGACUUCGCGGAAGGCCGUCUUUGGCCAGAUGGGUGGUUAUAUUGGGAAUCUUCGAAAGGCCCUCACUGCACACGCUUUGUACUUCGAAUCAUUGGAAAGCGACGAUAUGUUUGGUCGAGCAGAGACAUACGACUCGUCACAGGAGAAAUGGGGAAAGAGUGGGAAGGUGUAUAGUCCCGAGGCGGAAGCUAUUCGUGGUGCAAUUCGGGGAAUUACUGAGCUCCACGCAAAACUUCAUGGUGAUCUCACCUUUGCAAAAAGAGAAUUUGCAUUUGGAAAACUUGGACCAGACGAUAUUCAAAUAGUGUUUCGACAUCUGCGCCAGAUCAUGAUCCCGGUCGUGGGACUCAGCUUCGUUGUUGAUAUUUUUCAGAGGCUAUCUGAUUAUAAUCGGUGGAAUGAGCCGAUCGAUCCCAAUGCCGAACCUAUUCCUGAUCAUGUUCGUCAGCAGGUUGUUCGUGAUUGGAAUGAUAUGAUGAGAGCGGUGCAUGAUCCUUUUGCAACUAUGAUUCAGACAAUUGACGAGGGUCUGCUACACACCUCGUAUGUGUUGCAAUUUACAAAACGGCCUAAGCGAGUGGCUGUCGCAACAAUGGGAACUGGAGAUGCGGACGAAGUCGAAAAUGAUAUAGAGGCUACAGCUGCGGAUACAGCGCCGGGUGAAAAGGGAUUUGCAGAGCACUUGGAGACGAAGUUGGGUGAAUUCCGCAGUGCGAAGAAGCUUGCUCUUCAGACUUGGGCUGAGGAGAAGGGUAUCUCGUUACCGGCUGAUUUCUUCGAACAUCCUUCCUCUGUUGAGAGUUUGAAGGGAAAUUUCUUCAGUGCGUCAACUUCAUAUCAAGACCGAAGUCGACGCCAAUUGUAUCUCUUUCUUUACAUGGAGCAAUUGCUUUUUUCAACCGGCCAAACAGUCUUAGGCUUCGUCAACUACGCCGACGGUGUUGCUGCAAAGGGUAAACUAUCACGCCGAAGACUAGUAAUCCCAGGCGGAAAACGUACCUGGAAAUGGGCCAAAACCUUUUUCAGCGCCGGCGAUGGUCACCACGAGGAUGACCAUCUAGGAGAUAUUCACACACACACCAACGCCCUCGAACUCGGAGAAGCAUACAAACACCGCAAAGACCCUGAACAUCUCCCACCCGCAAAUACAUUCCAGCGUAUCGGCGAUCGAGUCCGAGUUGUCCCGCGAUUCCUACGGUCCUUUGAAUCCUCCUACGGAUUCAGAGUUGCAUGCGCAACUAUGACCAUCGCAGUAAUUGCAUUAUUACGCGAUACGCAAGAAUUCUUCACUAGACAACGACUAGUUUGGGCAAUGAUAAUGGUUAAUCUAGCCAUGUCACCUACCUCCGGCCAAAGUAUCUUCUCCUUCGUCCUCCGUAUAGCAGGUACGGCUAUUGCAAUGGUUGCUUCAAUCCUAAUCUGGUAUAUACCCGAUCAAAAAACACCCGGUAUAAUCGUGCUCGUCUUCAUCUUCAUCUCAGCAGUCUUCUACGUCCCCAUCAAACUAUUUCGAUUCCGAGCCAUCGGCCUAAUAACAAUGGUUACAACAGCAAUGAUAAUCGGGUAUGAGCUCUCUGCGCGAAAAAUCGGUGAAGCAGCCGUUUCCGCCAACGGUCAAGCUUAUUAUCCAAUUUAUGAACUUGCGCCUUACCGGUUAGCGGCUGUUAGUGGGGGUAUUUUUGUUGCUUUUUUCUGGACUUUUUUCCCAUAUCCUAUUUCGGAAUAUUCGGCUUUACGGCAGAGUCUUGGUGGCUCUUUGUAUCUGCUUGCUAAUUAUUAUUCGAUUAUUCAUGAGACGCUUUCUGCGAGGAUGAGGGGAGAUGAGGGAGAUAUGACGUUGAAGAGUUCUGCGGGGAGAAAGUUGGAGAAGGCGAGACAUAAGGUGUUUUCGAAGCAGAUGCUUAUGCUUACGGGGUUGAGGACUUACUCAGGAUUUUUGAAAUGGAGUGUUCCUAUUGGUGGAAGGUUUCCGAAGAAGCAGUAUGAUUCUAUCAUUGUUUGCGUUGAAAAUAUCGUGAGCUAUCUCAGUUUACUCGGAUACGCAUCUGACACCCUGAUGCUUCUAAAUGACGAAGACGAUGAAUCCGGCUCAGUCUGGAUGCACAACUUCCGUCGACUUGUCGGUACUGCAAAGGUUACUACACAUGAAGUGACAUCCCUCCUUUGCCUUCUCUCAGCUAGCAUUACGAACUGCCAACCACUCCCUCCUUAUCUGAAAGCUCCACGACCAUACAGUUUCUCAAGCAGACUAGAGGCCCUCGAUAAAGAUAUCCUGAGCAUCAAACAUAUCAACGAGCCGGGUUUUGCGGCUUUUGCAGUUUUGCAGAUUUCUACGCGUUGUAUUGUUGGGGAUGUUGAAAGGCUCAUGAGACAUGUGAAAGGCUUGGUUGGGGAAUUGGAUUUCUCGUUUCAUGCUGUUAGCACGACGGAUGCGAGUAUUACGCAUUCGAGAAUGACUUCUCGUGCUCCGUCACGAGUUUCUGUGAAUGAGGUGCAGGCGUCGGAUCGACAAAAAGCGGAUUGA